CAUGGGCAAUACGAGGAACACGACGAGCGCAUGCGCAGUGGUAUCGCCCGGGCGUGUCUGUAACGUUACAUGAGGGACUAGCGGGUAGUGCGAACUACGUUCAUUUUUGCCCCAUAGACUACGAAAAAAGUCUCCCGGCGGCCUGUUCAACCGCGGCCUCUUCCCAGGACCAGAGCAGCGAACGUCGCCAUGACCUCCGCGCUGGAGAACUAUAUUAACCGUACUGUUGCUGUAAUUACUUCAGAUGGUCGGAUGAUUGUGGGAACCCUCAAAGGCUUUGAUCAAACAAUCAACUUGAUUUUGGAUGAAAGCCAUGAAAGAGUGUUCAGUUCUUCACAAGGAGUGGAACAAGUAGUAUUAGGAUUGUACAUUGUAAGAGGAGACAAUGUUGCUGUGAUUGGAGAAAUUGAUGAAGAAACAGACUCAGCCCUUGACCUGGGGAAUAUAAGAGCAGAGCCUUUGAACUCAGUUGUGCACUGAAGAAAAAGGACAAGGAUGUAGUAGGACUUCAUAAAUUUACAGCUGUACAGAACUAUUUAUAGGCUGGCAUGGCUACUUUUUUUACAAAUACUGUGUAAUAACUUGGAUAUUUGGUAAUUUUUAUUUUGAACAGUAUGGUUUCAUAUGUAUAUUAAAUUCUACAUUUUAUUGAAAA